AUGGAGGCUCAAAUCAACGAGCUGCAACAAAGAUUGGCAGCAAAAGAGGCGGAAUUUGCGCAACUCGCAGCGGUGGUCCAGCAGCUGGUUAACAACCAGAACAGUGAAAACCAGAUAGAUCGGUUGACGGAAGCAAUCAGCCGACUAUCAACUUUCACAAACCACACCGUAGAUCCUACACAAAGGAUCCUAAAGGAAAUUCGUCACAUGAGCACAUUCACUGGUGCAUGCGACAUUUCAAUAAACUCGUUCAUUAGUAGUACCGAGUUUUACCUCAACAGUAUUAACGAUCCUGAGUUGAGACGGGUAGCCAUUAGGCAUGUAUUUUUUGAAAAAAUCCAGGGAGCAGCCAAGGAUGUAGUUAUUAAUAUCCAGGAACCUGAUAAUUGGGAAUCCAUUAAAAAAGCACUUCAAUUGCGAUACAAACCGGACAUCGAACCGUUCGAGAUUUAUAGAAGAAUCAGCGAUUUACGAGCUAAUACAGUAAGUGAUUUAGCCGUACAAAUUCAAAACAUAAAGUGUAAAAAGGACGAAUUAUGUAUAUAUUAUAAAAAUACUUUGCAUGUAGACUUGAGCAAUGUCGAUUCAAUCUUAGUUAAUACCUUGAAAGAAAUUAAUCAGGGAAUUCUGUUAGACAAAAUUAUAAAUAUGUAUGAUAUUGGUGAAAUGAUUCAUGUAAUGAAUAGCAGAAGAUUUGAAAAUUCGUGCAUUAGGCCUGAAUACAGGAAAGGAAAAAAUGAAAAUAUUUCAAGAAUGUUCGAUAGUGAUCGUAAUAAAAAUUGGAAAAAUGGUUACAAUAAAAAUUCCAAAGAUAACCCAAAUAACGACCGACAACAGACUGAUACUUCAGGACAAUACAGAAAAAAGACGAAUGGUAACAGACAAGAACAGGACAGUGACUAUAAUCAAUAUAACAAUCCUAAUAACAAUUCGGGUCAAUAUCGUAAUCGGAACCACCAAAACAAUAAUGAAAAUCAUCGUUUUACAAAUUCCGAACAAUCGCGUAACAAUAACCGUUUUUCAGAAUCUCAAAAUUUUUCAAAUAAUAGAAAUUCUGGUCAGAAUCGAUUUGACAGGGCUCAAAAUAGAGGUCCUAAUAGGCAAGAACCAAUGGAAAUUGAUAAUGUCCAGAGAAAUCAAUCGAGAAAAAGUAGUCGUGAUUUCUCCCAAAAUUCUGAUAACAUAAAUUACAAUAAUCCCAUUUCAGAUGAAAUAGUUCAGGAUCAACCUGAAAUAAAUAACACAAACGAAGAGGUAAUGUUUUUUCACAACUAG